AUGGUUCCAAAGCAAGAACCUGUCGUUGAGGCGAAUUUGACGGAUGAAGUUAAACCGAAAACUAGGAAAGAUCGCUUGGCUCAACAUAAAGAAAAAGUCGAGCAAAUUGUCCACUACCUGCGCCAUGGGAAACAUCGCGAUGGUUUGACAAAAAACCAACAACGAGUGGUUCGUGGCCAAGCAAAAAACUAUAUUUUUGAUGAAACAAGUAAUGUAUUUUAUAAUAAUUAUCUUUAUAUUAUUCUUUAGUCUGUCUUAUGCAGCGCUCACGACCAUUUUAUGAGAUGCAUGUUUGUAAGUUUGUUUGCAAGACAGAUGACUCUUGACUUUUGCAUGUAUCAGGGGGCAGUGGUAAUUUUCAAAUGAAAAAGGAAAUAAAUCUCAGAUAUUACAGCUACAAUUCCUGGAUGUUGCAGCCAAAAUUCAUGCAGAUAUCACAUGUUUGGCAUUUCAUAUAUUACAUUAUUUAAUACAGAGUGACUGGGGAAAUUUUUUGAAAUACAAAAAUAAAAUGCAAAACAAAUAUGGAAGUUUUACCCAUCCCCAGUCCAUAUAUAUAGUCUCAUGUUGGAAAAAAUUGUAUCAACUUGGUAUGCGAUUCUCUGAGCAAUGAAACAUGGAACGAUACAGUGUAGAAGUGCUGUUACACUGUGUGACUUGUCAUGCAAUGUUGUUGCAAAAUAUGUUGUAGGUGAAAUUCCAAAGUGCAUAAAUAGUACAAUCAGCAAUUAAGUCUUGGAGUGUUCUUGGUGUAGCAAUGGUUACAUAAAGUAGAGUAGUAGAAUCAUAUACUUGUCUCAAUUCCAGCAACAUAUUUUGAAGCAGUGUGACUGCAACACCCUAGUCAGUGCUCUUACAACUUUUCAUUAGUUCUUUUGUAAGUAAGCAUUUUCGGUAUUUUCUAGAUAAUGAGCUGUAUUACACUGGCGGAAAGGAAGGAAUCCGCAGAAAGGUUGUCCUUACCAUAGAAGAGAUUGGGGAGAUUCUUCAUCAUCAUCAUAGCGAAGCUAUGGGAGGCCAUAGUGGUGUGAAUGCCACUCUUAAUAAAAUUUCCAACUACUAUUGUUGGAAUGGCAUGAAAGAAGAUGUCCAAGAAUAUGUGAGUUUAUCCCCGAGCCGGCGGCGCGAAGCGCCAUGCGAGGGUACUAAUUCCCCCCGGCUAUUAUACACCCGGGGAAACGAAAGCAUUAGGGAAGUCUAAAGUUCAUCAAUGAGCGCGGGCGUCGGUCACCAACGAUGGGUGGUCAUCCUCACUGAUCUCAAAAAUAUGGCGGACUGUCAUGAAUAACGGACACUGAUUGGUCCAAUUUAAAGUUUGCAUUAUAACGACUGCAUGACGACAGCGAAAUAGCAAACAUUUCUUGAUUUGAUGAGUUGAUGAUUGAUAAAUUUGUCAAAUUUCUUGCAAAUAUUCUUCAUUUUUGCUCGUAUUUCUGCAAGAUUUUGUAAAUUUCAAGAAUGAAAGGGCCAAAGGAUCAGCUAAAAGAAGGGAGCCGACGUUAACGAAGGUAAGUUUGUUUUAAAUAUUGAUUUUAUAAUGGCUUUAAAACCCGACGGCUUUUGCGUAUAUCAAACAACUAAACAAGACAUACAAGACAGCAUAUAAUUUCAGUGUAUCUUUAAUAUUGAUUCCCUUUUUUAUUAUAUUGAAUUUUUUAAAUAAAAAAUAAAGCAAAGUUAUUUGCAAGCGAGAAUUUGAAAUCAUUUUAUUGCAAACUCAAAGUUUAUCGAUAAAGCCAUUUAAUAGUUAAAGGCAGUUUAGUUUUAUAAAGAACACUUUAAAACGUUUUGUGAAUUGUUUGUUGUUGAAUUUUACCUUAAAUUGAAGCUUGUAUUACGUAUAAUUACAUACCUAACAUAUAUAUAUGUUGAGAAAUUGAUAAUUUUGUUUUUAAAAGUGAUAUUUUUAGGCGAUUUUUAUUUGUAAGAAUAUUCUUAAAAAAUUAUCGUGUUACCAUAACAACUACUUUAGAUACUUCAUGUUCGGAAAAUACAACGGUUUUGUCAGCAAGGCGAGGGUUUCUGCAUGCAUGUAUUUUCUAGUAGAAAUACUAUUAGUUCAUGGGUUGCAAUAACAAAAUGUAUUAACCCAUAUUACUUGUCAGGGGAUAAUCGUUCUAAGAAAUUACAGGCGUGCUUUUACUAAACAGUGGAUAUUUCUAAUAUAGAUCACAUCAUGUCAUCAAUGUCAGAUUUAUAGCAAGAUAAAAACGCAAGCGCCAGAGCUUAUCCCGAUAAAAGUGAAUGAGGCAUUGGAGUUAGUUGGAAUAGAUUUGAUUGGUGAGUACAAGCAGGAGUUGAAAAUGAAAAUGAAAUUAGUUUUUUUAUAGCUUAGUUUCUUCCUUUAUCCAGUAAUGCCUCAUUAAAAUGUUUCAUUAUGCUUUCAAGGGCCACUGCCAACAACUGCAGAAGGUUACAAGUAUGUAUGUACCUUCACAGACUAUUAUACAAAAUUUGUGGAUUUUUUCCCCAUCAAAAGCAAAGCUGCGGAAGGUGUUGCAAAAUGCAUCAAGAAAUUUACGUGCAGGUAACUUAAGGAACAAUUUACUAUUGAUUGGGUUGUGAACUAUUGUGUACUAAGGAAGAGGUUAUUUGGCUGGCUCAGAGUGACAAAACGUAACAGAAAAGAAAACAUGUUUGACGAAAUGUCAUUCUGAGGUCAGCGAAAUAACUUCUGUGUACUAAAGGGUGUUAUAAUAUAGCAUUUGUAAAUUCUGAACGCUGAUUGGCUAAGAGCCGUGUUGAUAUAAACUCAAUGUCAACACAGGAAAUUUUCUGCUGUUUAUAAACACGGAAAUUUUUCUUAUCCUUCGGGCUUUUGACAUUGCUAUAUUAUAAAAAAAAACCCCAUUUUUUCCGUAUUGAUAUAUAGUUAUAUCAACACUCGUGGUCUCGUAUUCCAUACAAUUUCUCAUUUUCCCAAUUCCACUCGUGUUGAUAUAACUGUAUAUCAACACGGAAAAUGUUUUAUAUUUGUUAAUGAAAAUAUGAAAAUUACAUCAUCUUUCAUUAUCUUUAGAUGGGGUGCACCUGCACGGCUGCUGUCGGACCAGGGGAGAGAAUUUGUAGCAAAAGUGAAUGAUGAAGUCUGCAGAGAAUUUGGCAUCAAACGAUCAGUGACCAGUGCCUAUCAUCCUCAAACAAAUGGCUUGGACGAAAGAACAAACCAAACAUUGAAGCAACGUUUAUCUAAACUUGUGAAUGAGCAUCAGAAUAAUUGGUGUGACUUUCUGGAUGAAGUUGCUUAUUCAAUUAGAACGCAGAAGCAAGCUUCGACAAAAUACACACCAUUUUAUUUGAUGUUUGGUCGAAAUCCAAAUUCAGCUCAAAUGGUAUUUAAAAUAUUAUACAUUAUAACUGUAUAUGUUUCAUACCCGAAUAACUUAAUUGAAUAGUAGGUGCCCUACAUUCAUUUUUGUUUUGCUUUUAAAUUGGUACCUUUUAAAAGUUAGGAGACUCUGCGGUCUGCCGAAAGUUAUUUUGACAACUUCUAUAUGAAGUUCAUUCACUUCAUGUAAUAACAAUGAAAUGAAACAAAAAGUGCAAACAAUACUUAGCUGGCAUUGCCAUAUUAAUUAAAAUGAAUUUACGGCUGUACACAGGCUGCCGUUUCAGAGAGAUAAAGAUAUUUAGCCUCUCUUUUUUCCUCAGCUAGUGUAAAAUAACACCUUUUUUAUAAAUGGUGCAACAUGUUUUGUACUCAUGCAAAAUUGUGAUUGCUUAUAGAUAACAGUUGUGGAGGAUAAUUCAUCUGCUCCUGAAAGAACAGAAGACCUGCUGGACCACGAAACUGGUGAAAGGAUAGCAAAAUCUGAAGCCACUCGCCAGCAAGUAUGUACAAUUAGAAGAAUUAGCCCUUUAGUGCACAAUGGCAAAAAUGCAUUUAUUUACAAUUGUUGUACCUUUUGUGUAGGUUCUGAGCAAUGUCGAACUUGCUCAAGAAAAACAAAAAAAACAAUAUGAAAAGAGAAAGGCGAAGGGAGUGAAAACUUUUGAAAUUAAAGUUGGUGACACAGUUUACAAACGACAGAUGAAAAAUGUAUCCAGAAAAGGUGGAAAGAUGGAACCUCGUUGGAUGGGCCCAUAUAGGUACUAA